CUUUGCGGUGUCAGCCAGUUCCUAGUAUGAAAACGGUCCAACAUGUACGAAUAAGAUGUCCCCCUUUGAUCUUACAACGUCGAUCUUUUUCACGACGACUUCACGUUCAUUACUUUAAACAUGUCCCUCAGAACAAUCUUCAUAUAUGUUUUUCUCCUUAUCAGCAUAGCCCACGGUAGUCCUAUCGAAUCACCCAGAGAUGACGCACAGCAGGUGGAGACCGUCCCAUUCACAGGGGUUAAUCCAACAGAUCCACACCUGGCGCACGACCCUGACGGCCUUCGCCCCGCCUCAGCUGCAAUGGCAAUGAUCAUUGGCGUUGCCCCGUCCAAAGGGCAUGAUGGUCCUGGGAGCGUGCUCACACCCUACGAGCAGCCUCACAUCACCUCUGCUGCACCCACUGCUUUAUUCGUUUCCUCCGCGACCCAUGCAACAGCCUCACCCACUCCCAGCCUCCACGUCCCCGAAGGCACGCCUGGGAUUACACCCGCACCACAGUCAAAUCCCUCUCAACGCAACGUCCUCGUUCUCGCCAUCGCUGUCAGUUCUGUCCUGGCCCUCCUGGUCUGCGUCACCACUGGCAAGUACACUCUUGAGUACCUCCGAAAGGCGAAGCGCAAGUUACGGUUGUCGCAGGAGUCUUGGGGACACAGGGAGAGGUCGUUCCCUUCUGAAGUGCCCGCACCAGACCCAGAAGCAGAGCAUCAGAGCUUGAAGACAUUCUCAUUUCCCGGCCAGCCAGCCCGCAAGGACGUCCAUUUGUAUGACCCCAGUGAACCACCAUCCAAGCCCACCAUGCGCACCCGGUUUAGCAACCUAAUCGCAUACACUGCGUUCAGGCACCGUGAUCACGACAGCGUCACCACCCAAGACACUGCUUCCUCCGCGCCGUACCUUCUCAAUGUCCCGGGCCAUUCAGAUCACUCUCGUACCAGGAGCGCACCCAUUAUCACUGCCAAUGACUCCAUGGCUACUGUGAAACCUGCCAGGUCCACGGAAUUAGAUUUGGACAUCGCCAGGUCGUCCUAUCGCGUAUCACAGGCGAGUGCCAACGUGCCGAGCUCUUUGCUUCCUUCUAGAGGCAGUAGGUUGUCCAGACUCGAUGCGACGUGGUAGUCUUGUCAAUCUAUGUUAUUUCAGAAGUUACUUCUACUGUGGUCAUUGACAGAAUCGCAGAAAAUGAUAACACGAAAAGGAUAAGUGAGUGCAGCAGACUUGGUAUCAAAUUACAGAAAUUAUGGAGUAAUUGAACGAGGGAGCGAAAUUGGUAUGUGCAAAUGAGGGUGUAUAA